ACGUGACGUUCACAGGAAAUGGCCACGCAAGCGACUGGAAUCAUAACAUUGCAUUUGAAGUCUUUUUAUUCAUCCUAAUAUCGUUUAAUAUGAACUAUUUAAUCCGCUGUCCCCAUGACGGCUAUUUCUAACCAUUUUUGAGAAGCGGAAGUUACAGAAGAUAUUAAAUAUUUUGCGUUCAGAGCCGUGAGAACAUGCUGCUGGCCGCUGUGAGAGCUAACCUUAACCACCAGCAGCUGCUACUAGCUAGCAAACGGCUGUUCGGCUGUGAUGUCUGUCACUGUGCAAAAUGACAAGAAGACGAGCGAAACAGUAGUGAAGCUGCUAGUGGCGCGUGUCCUGUACAGUGAAACGGUUAGCUAACAGCAUGUGACACUCACACACAAGUGCUCUGCUCACCAAAAAAGUUGGUUUCAAGAUGCCUCGUCUGGAAGAGUUGGCCAACGUCGCCCUCAGGGUGCCGAGCAUACUGGUGCUGGACCUGCUGUAUAAAUGUGACAUUGAAGGUUUAACGGAGCAUCUCAAGGCCAAAAAUGAAGACAUGCUCUUCAAAUACAAAUAUGUCAUCUGGAACAUGUACUACCUUGGUCAUGUGAUAAACGCGGUGGUGUUGGUUCUGCCAUUAAGACAUAUUGUGACGCUCUACCUCCAUAUCCUCGCUGCCCUCCUUCUAUACAUGGGGCAUCAGAUUUCCAAGGAUUAUGUCCGUGAAGAGCUGCAGUACGGUUAUGAAGGGGCAGUGUACCUUGAUUCUCUGGCCUUCAACAGAUUUGUCUCUGCACUGACUAGUCAGAUCAUUCUCAGCACGCUGUGUGCCUUCCUGAUGAAGACCAGAAAGGUGUUUUUGUUCUCUGCUCACAUGCUCCCCCUGCUGGCCCGACUCUGCGCUGCUCCUCACGCCACGCUGCUAACCGUCAACACUUUCUCCAUGGGACUGACCGGAGCGGGGAUCGCUGUGUUCCUCCUCUCGAAUCUCUUUGUGCCAUAUCGACUCGCAAGGGCUGCCUACUCAGAGCUGCUUCAGCUGGAGGUGAUCGAGCUGUACAGACUUCUGGCUGUGGGAAUCUCUCUGUGGAACCAGUUUGCCGUCCCAGUGCUCUUCAGUGUCUUCUGGUUCGUUCUGUUCAUCGUCCAGCUGUGCUCAGACGCCAUGUCUGGCAACGCCUCCGCAGCCCAUCAGGGAAUCAUGUUCUUCCUGCUCACAAGCGUCUCUGAAUGUUGUGCCACACCAUACUCCCUUCUGGGUUUGACCUUCGUGGUGUCCUAUCUGGCGCUCGGACUGCUCAACCUAUGCAAGUUCUACCUGGGAGGUUAUGCAGCUAUUCAGAAUGAGAACGUUAUGCACAGAGGUGUGACUGAGGGCGUCACUCUGCUCCUCCUCGCCCUCCAGACGGGCCUGCUAGAUAUGCAGGCACUGCAGCGCACCUUCCUCCUCAGUAUCAUCCUCUUCAUCGUGGUCACUUCCACUCUGCAGUCAAUGAUUGAGAUAACAGACCCAGUCAUUCUAGCCCUGGGUGCAUCCCGCAACAGGAGUCUCUGGAAACACUUCCGCGGCCUCAGCAUGUGUCUUCUCCUGCUGGUUUUCCCAGUGUUCAUGGCUUAUAAAAUUUCCCAGUUCUUCCACAUGGACUUCUGGCUCCUUAUUCUGGUGUCAAGCUGCAUGCUUACUUCACUUCAGGUUACAGGCACUAUGCUGAUCUACUCCCUCUUCAUGGUCGAGCUGUUUCGCAGCGACCCGAUCGAAAGCCUGGACGAAGUGAUCUACUGGGUGAACGCCGUCAGCAGGGUGCUGGAGUUCGUGGUGGCCCUCUGCGUGGUGGCGUACGGCACCUGGGAGUCGCUGUUCGGAGAGUGGAGCUGGAUGGGAGCCUCUGUCAUUAUCAUCCACUCUUACUUCAACGUUUGGCUCAGAGCUCAGUCUGGCUGGAGAAGCUUCCUGCUCAGACAGGAAGCCGCUAAGAAGAUCAACUCCCUCCCCAGAGCCACAGCUCAGCAGCUGCAGCAACACAACGACGUCUGCUCCAUCUGCUUCCAGGAAAUGAGCUCUGCCGUGAUCACCAACUGUGGGCAUUUCUUCCACGGCAACUGCCUCCGCAAGUGGCUGUACGUGCAGGAGACCUGCCCCAUGUGCCACCAAACGGUCCGACCCACGCCGUCAGGUCCGAGCCAGGCUUCAGGUGACGCUCCAUCAGCUACGCCUCCGAGAGACGCAGGGCCAGAUCCGGCUGCACAAGAAAGAGAGCAGAACCCGGACAACAGCGCGUCCCAACAGACACAGAGCGAUGUGGUUGCUCCUGUUCCCCCCGAGCAGCUGGAGGACAUGGAAAAUUUUGAGGACGGAGAUAGUGGGGCUGCUGAUAAAGACCAGUCAGCUGAUUCUCACAUGAAGGCCGUCCAAGGUCUUCGUUUCAGCUCCAGUGGAGACUUUGUUGGCUUUGUCAGCCCUGUGUCAAGCUGCUCUUCAGUAGGCAUUUCUAGGUCUCAUGUGCUGCCAGGUGAAACUUCUCCUUUUAACAUGUACAACCCAGGUGAGGAGAACGGUGAGGAGAACGGUGAGGAGCAGUGUGAGGAUGCUCAGGUGAGGUUUAGGCUACCACAGCCGGCUCCUGAUGCUGUGAGGGAGGACGCUUUUGAGAGGAGAUCUGACUCUAAUUUGACUCUAUUUGAAGACAACUCUACUUCCUGUUCUUUAGUGCCACAAAACGGCGACGGUAAAUACGACAGUUGUGUUGGGACACAUAAAUCAUGGAACAACUUUGACUCAUUAGAAACAAACAAUUAUGAUGACAAUCCUGAGGCUCUCUUAUCAGAGAGCGACAACCAAAGGUCUGUCGAACUAUGUAAUGAAAACUCAGAACUCUUAGACUCUGUAGAGGGUCCUCGAAGUCAUAAAGGUAACAGCACAUAUUCAGACUUGGACCUGGACUCGCUCAGAGAGGCCAAACCUGUCUCACGGAUCUCUCGGCUGUCUUCGGAUGCCACCUUCUCUUGCACAAGCACAGACCAUACAGACUGACUGCCCUGCAUCAGUGCCUUGACGGGUGUAAAAGGGUGAUCCUCCACAUUUGCCUUCUCUCUGUGAACCAAUAGGAAAACAAAUUGUAUCCUUUACCAGACAGUGUAAUGAAUGUUUAACAAAUAACAUACAUCAGGAUUGAAUUUCGAGACAAAAUUGUAUCGAGUGAAAAUGAUGCACUCAUCGUACGACUGUACAGAAAUUGUAAAGAAAAUUUUAAAAUUAAUAGAAAUUAUGUGUAACUGUAAAGCAAUUAUCUUGCGUUAAUAUUUACCUAAUUCUAGCAGGUUACAUGUAAACAUGUUUACUUGAGAGAAACUAAAUGGAGUUUGAUUAAUUUUCAUUUCAACCCUUCAUUGUCCCGGUAGUUGUCAUGUUUGGCAUCUUUGGAAUGUGGCAAAAGAAAAAGCAUCAACAGUUGUCAUGAAUCAGCCUUUUUUACUGCAAAAGGUUUGUCUACCAGUUUUAAUUUACUGCUGUGAACGUAUACUUUUUUUUUUUUUUUUACUGAAGUCUCUCUCUAUUAAUAAAAUCAUGACAGGUGCACAGUGUGCUGGCAUGGUGUGUCAGAUUUAUGAAGUCUAAACAGAACAUCACAUGUACUGAGAUAAUUAAAGUAUUCUACAUCUACUGUAUAAGUUUCACAGUCAUUAAAAAUAAAAUCAGAAACA